UAUUUAUCAAUGGAAGACAGGGCAGAAGAUAUUAAGCAAGAGGUGCUGAAAAUCAUACUAAACACCAUGAGCUCCACUGAUCUACCUCAAAAGCUGGAGCUUGUUGACACACUGCAGCGUAUUGGGGUGGACUAUCACUACCGACAGGAGAUUGAUGAAUUUCUGCGUGAUAUAUAUGGUGACAAGCAUGAAAUUCAUGACCUUUAUACAGCUGCCUUGCGGUUUUACCUGCUUAGGAAACAUGGCUACCCUGUCUCUUCUGAUGUGUUUACCAUGUUUGUUGACGGGAACAGAAUUAUUGGGAGCACUGAUGCUAUAACUUUGUUGGUUCUCUACAACGCUGCACAUCUGAGAACCCAUGGAGAAAAAAUACUUGAUGAUCUUAUGACUUCGACAAAGCAGCUCCUAAAAUAUAUGGUGAACCAGUUGGAUCCGGCAUUGGCACAAGAAGUGCAAUACACCCUAGAAACUCCCCUUUUCAGGAGGCUUCACCGAAUUGAAGCAAAGCGCUACAUCUCAACAUAUGAGAAAAAGCACACACGAAACAAGACCAUAUUGGAGUUUGCAAAGCUGGACUACAAUAUCGUGCAAAGUUUGUACUGUGACGAGCUUAAAGAUCUUACCCUGUGGGACGAGCAUGCAGCUGAGCAAGUCCCAACAUACAUGAGGCCGUUCUACAAGGGCACCGUUUCCACCAUAAACUGCAUUGAAGAGGACUUGAAACUUCAGAAAAAUAAGCAUGCUGAGUUGGUUAAAGAACUG